GUGUCACGGCUCCCUUCGUGGAGCUGUUUGUGGACACUGUCUUUGCCGGGUCGUCCGGCAAUGGGACCGCCGCGGAGCUGCGGCGGAGCUGGAGGGGGCCAAAGCCGCCCUGGAACCAGACUUUGCACGAUGGUCGCAGCGCGCGGCCCUGCGUGCUCGAUGCCACGAGAUGC